AUGCAUUCAUUGUCAAGUUGUUGGUCACUCUGUAACAAAAGAUCAAAGAAGAAAAUUCCUGAACAAGCAGAGACAGUGCCUGUGGGUCAAACUAAGAAAGCUUGGAGAAAGGUUAAUUCAAAUAAUAAUAAACCAUCUGAUUUUGAUAUAUGUUUUAGUGAAGAAGAAAGAGAUCAGAAUACUAUGCAUUCUCAUAUUCUAGAUAGUGAAGGUGAGAUUGUUGAUACCAUUGUUCACCAAAUAUCACAAGGUGGUGGAGGAGAAUCUUCUCUUGAUAAGGAAUCUCAUAUUAAGGAAGUAGAAGUUAAUUCAGGAAAAUUUAAAAUUCUCCAAAAUCUGCCUGAAGAAAUAGUGAUCUUAUAUGCAACAAAAAUAUUGGAAUUGGUAUCUAGUGCUCCAUCAGUUAAUGAGGUUAUUAAUGUGAUCCCUCCAUUGGGAAAUGGUGGUUUAACUGUAAAGCAGAAACCUGGAACCAAUGUGACAACAAGAAAACAUGCAGCUAGUUUAGUUUUAAAUAAUGAACCAAAAAUAAGGUAUUCUUCUGAUUUCAUAAAAAAAGUAAAGUUAUCUUGUGUGCACUAUGAAAUAAUUCAUAAUUCUACUGAUGAGAAUAAAGGUAAUAUCUGGAUUCUUUGGAGUGCUUCUAUAAAACCUCCAACAAUAAUAUCAUGCACAAGACUAGAAAUAACAAUUGCAGUGGGAGGUACUUUAAUUACUGGAGUCCAUGCUGCAUAUUUGACUAUAAAUAGAAGGGAACUAUGGAAAGAUAUGGAAGAAAUAAAUGUUCUAAAUAAACCAUGGCUUGUACUUGGUGAUUUUAAUGUAGUAACUUGCCUGGAGGAGAAGAGAGGUGGACUUAAGCCUUUAAGAAUCUCAAUAUCUGGAAAGAAGAGGAUUGUAUGCAAUCUUGACAGGGAAGUGUUUAAUUACAAGUGGCUGGAAAUUUACCCAAGUUGGGGCUACAAAGUGGGAGCAAGAGGCAUUUCUGAUCGUGGUGUUCUUUAUGGUGCUAAUGUUGUUUUACCAAAGCCAAAAAAUGUUCCCUUCAGAGCUCUAAAGGUUUGGAAAAAUCAUCCUUCGUUUAAAAAAAUUGUUAUAGAUUCUUGGAAUUCGGAUAUAAUUGGAAAUCCUAGUUUCAUCUUUAUGAGUAAACUAAAAAGACUCAAAAAAGAUAUUCAAAAUUGGAACUGGAAUUUUUUUGGAGAUGUCACAAAAAAACUGAAACAAGCAGAACAAGAUGUUAUGAAGGCUUCAUUAUUAUCUGACAAAAAUCCUUUGGAUUUAAAUCUUUUGAACAAUCUAGUAACAACAAGAGGGCAUCAAGAGUUAUUUUUGGAUGAACAAAAAAAAAUCAUUCAGCAGAAAUCCAGAGUUCAAUGGUUAAAAGAAGGAGCUGCAAAUACAAAAUUCUUCCACGUUAAUCUCAAGAUAAGACAAGCUCAGAAUGUAAUAAUGGAAUUUGAAAAACAUGGAGGUGGUAUUACUUCUAAUCAAGAAGAGAUAGCUGAUAUUUUAAUCAAGCACUUUGAAGAAAAGUUCACAUUUCAGGAAGUUCGUUUUAUUUCAGAUAUUUUUAAGGAUAUUCCUAUGGUGGUGAAUGAAGAUGAUAAUAUUCUACUUGAAACUACCCCAGAAGCAGAAGAAAUAAGACAAACAGUCUUUGAAUUAAAUCCAGAUAGUGCACCUGGACCAGAUGGAUUUGAUGGUUGGUUUUACCGAGAAGUAUGGGAGAUCAUUGGUGAAGAUUUUAUAACUGCUAUUAAAUUUUGGUGGAGUAGAGGUUUCAUACCUAAUGGCUUAAAUGCAAAUUUCUUACUACUCCUCCCAAAAGUCAAAAAUGCUAAAAGCGGAAAGCAAUUAGGCCAAUUGGAUUGA